AUGGCAGGGUCGGAUCAAGCAGCACAGCAUGCAACAGAGGUGCUUCACCAGCGUCGCAAAGUGUCUCUGUGUCCAAUGAAAAUGGCCAUUGGUGGUGUUGCUGUUGUUGCCACUAUAGGCUACUUUGUUUUGUACACCAAGAAAAAGCCUGAAGCGUCCGCAUUAGAUGUUGCCAAAGUCACAGCUGGUGUCGCUAACCCAUCUAACACCCAUCCUCGCAACUAG